AUGAGGUACGCGGCGCUUUUUGCGCUGCUGACGAUCGUUAGCGCGAGCGACCCCACCGCGGUGGACAAUGUACGCAAUAAGUUUUACGCGGUAGAAAAGGAACUAUGGUUGAAUGUAACAAAUCCCGAGUGGAGUUUAGCGGGGCUCGGCGGAGACGUGGAGGUAACAAAGGCCUUUGUGGCUUUUGAUGAGCAAAUACAAACGGUGCCGACACCUCCGCGUAUUCCGCUCGAGACGUGGCUGUGGGCAAAGACGAUGGAAAAAUUGCGAAUAAUCGAGGGUUACUACAAGAAUUUCAUAACAUUUGCAAAGCGUCAGGCGCAGCCCGGGGCUGUGCCCGCGCCUGUCCGAGAGUGGCUCGACUUAGCUCAGGAGAUGACGGAUCACAAGUCGCCCCUCAUCCAGGCGGAGAAGAAAAUCAACGAUUUACUGGAAUACGGUGAUAUAUUCCGUGGUUAUUUACAGGAACAAAACACGGAUCUUUGUGAGCUACAGCUGUCGCAGCAUCAGCUGAUAUACGACAUGUACAACACUAUAUCUCUGACAGAGAUCAAGGGCUAUGCUAUGAUGCAGUUUUCUUGGAUGUUACUCAGGAUUUACGGCAAAGGGAAUUACACGCAGGAAGCGAGUUUGACGCGCCGAAGGUAUGGAGAGAGAACUACUAAAACUGCAGCCGCUGCUCGAUCUGCACUAGCUAUGGCCAGGCGGGACAUGUACCGGUGUGACCCAUCUGAACAUAAGCGAGGGGAAACAUACGAAGAAGUAACAAGACUGCUCCAAGGUUACAUUGAGAAUGAAGUGGACAUGAACCCGGAUAAUACCUGCAAGGAGAAUUGUGCCUAUUACACGGUCGCUGAGAAUCACGGUUGUUUCAAAGAUCAGUUCUGUGCCAAACAAACUAAAUGUAAAGGAAGAAUUAUUGACUGUAACUAUAUUGAUUCGGACAUGUUCAUAUGCCAAGCGGGAAGAGACAGUCAUCGCCGGUACGAGUGGAUAGAGUAUGAAAAUGGCAGGACAAUGGGUCAGCCAGGGGUUUGCACGCGUGGAGUGACUCAGGUUGAGUCUUGGUGGCGUUGGCUAUUCUGGCACUGCUCCUACUGCAUGUGUCUAUGCGACGAGGCGGGCCCAGACUCUCAUCGAUAUUUUAGCUUAUGGGAAACUACAUCAGAUGUCAAAAAUAACAAGUUAGUGGACUCUUGGUGGAGAUGGAAUCUCCUCCAUUGCUCGUACUGCUUUUGUCUUUGCGAGGACGAUAUCGACUCGUCCGAACGCUCCUUCAGCUUGCGAGAGGCAUCGGCUGAGAUUGAGAAAAACAAGGUGGUCACCGGAUUGCGUCUCGUCAAGUAUGGAAGAGUUUUUCACCUGCAGAUAAGCGAAGGAGUGUUAGGAGAGAGGGGGUCGAUCACUCCCGGUAGUUGGGUGCCGAUACAGAAAUUCGAUAUAUCUGAUCAUGGUAUUCGGGAUGGAAUUGAUUAUCACACAUUGACCUACGAGAGGAGAGCAAUCGACUUGGACGAACUAGAUUCGCCCUUGGGACACAUUUUGACAGGCGUCAGGUUCCGCAUGAUCGGCGCGCAUUUACAUUUCGAGAUACGUUCCACACCUUUUAACUACACAACUGGACGUCUUGCUCCAGAGAGAAGCCAGUGGAUAAGUAACGAUAAUACCGAAGGCGCUGAAAUACCUAGAUCCCGUUUGAGCCUCCACAAGCCGGACAUCCCGACGCGCAGCAAAACGCCCUUACGAGUGGACUCAAAACACGAUCAGUACUUGGAGUUCACACACAGUGAUUUCGAAGCGGACGCGGCACAGAGCACCGUACCAUUUAUCGAUAUUCAGCCUCUUGAGCCGAUGAAAGGUGCGGCGUUACUGAGCGGGGCCGGCAUAAUCCACCGCGGCGCGCGCGACUCCGGCGGCUUCGUCGCCGCCAAGCUGUUCACGUACGACUACUCCCGCCACGUGAGGGCGGAGCAGCCGCCCAACUACGCGUUGGGCGAGACGGAGAACAUCGUAUUACCAUCUAACAAUUUC